UUGACUCUAAGCAGGAAGCACACCAGGCUCUGUGAGCUCUUUUCUGGUUAGUCGUGGGCCAGUCGAGGAGCUCUCUGCUGGUGCAGGAUUUAUUUUUCACGAUGGCAAAAGCACAUCUGCUGCUCCUGCCUCUACUCAUCUGCUCUGUUUAUGGAGUUAGUCUGGAGGAAAAGAAAGGCCCACUGGACAACAGAGUGUUAGAUGUGCCGGAAGCCACACCUGUGCCAUACGCCAUUUUUCAGUUUAUUUCUGCAGCAGAUGGUGUGUCAGCGUACCGUGUGAGUGGUGAGACAGAGGGGAAGAUCAGAAUAUCUCGAGAUGGAUGGCUGUACCUUGAAGAAUCGCUGGAGUGGAGCCCUGGCAAAACACACACUCUAACUAUUGAGGCUCUCUCAGCGGAUGAUGAACCCAUUGAUGGACCUUACUCAGUUAUUCUUCAUGUCACAGAUGUAAACAACAAUCCUCCUGUCUUCACUCAAAGCCAGUACAGUGGAAGUAUUAGAGAGCAUUCCCCUGCAGGGGUGCCAUUUCUGCAAGUGUCCGCCAUUGAUAAGGAUGAUGCAAACACACCCAAUGCUGUUCUGAGCUACAGCAUCGAGAGCCAGUUCCCCAACCCUACAGGCCAACUCUUCUUCUCCAUCAACCCAAACAACGGAGAAAUUUCCACCACAGAAGAGGGAGCAGCGUUUCUAAGAGCCAGAAAUGUACUGGGACUGACGUACAGUCGUGGUGAGACUCGUGGCAGUGCCGAGGUGCUAAAGAAGAAGUUUGAUGAGUUCUGCACUCCAAAGAAUGAACUGCCUAUUGAGAACAACCCAUUCUUCACAUGCGUCCAACGUGCCGAGACCAGGAGAUUUAAUGCUGUUGAGGAUCCAGACUACACCCUGAUUGUGCGAGUGGAGGAUUUAGGAGGCGGAGCCCCCAAUUCCCUCAGCAGCACCGCAUAUAUCAACAUAGCCAUCACUCCAAACUUAUGGGUCAAUCCUGGGCAAAUCCGCAUCAAGGAAAACUUGGUUCAUGAAUACCCCAAGAUAAUAACCUCGGUACGGUCCAAUGACCCCAAUGCACGCUACAGGCUGGUGCAGAAGGAGAGAGAAAUUCCGUUCCCUUUCACUAUUAAUGUAGAUGGAGAGAUCUUCGUCACUGAGGCCUUGGACAGAGAGCAGAAGGACAUGUACAUACUGGUGGUUUUGGCAGAGGAUAAAGAUGGUGUCGAGCUGGAGUCUCCUAUGGAGAUCCAGGUGAAGGUGGAGGAUGAGAACGAUAACGCGCCUGUUUGUGUACACGCUGAAAGUGUGUUUGAGGUUCAGGAGAAUGAGAAAGUAGGCAGCCAAAUUGGUGAUCUGUUGGUUCAUGAUGCGGACGAAGAAAAAACAGUGAACUCACUGCUGCACUACAAACUUCUGAGCCAGAGCCCCACCAACCCUGCUGACGGGAUGUUCCACAUUGACGGCACACGCGGCAAGAUCCAGGUGGCCAAACACAACUUCCGCAGGAAGGACGUUCCAGAGUAUCAGCUCAAGAUUGGAGUUACCAAUGGAGGUUUCAGCACAGAGUGCAGCGUCAUCAUCAGAAUCAUCGACAUCAACAAUGAGAUCCCCAUCUUUGAGAAGAAUGAUUAUGGGAUAUACAGUGUUCCGGAGCUUGCUGAGGUGGGCACCACUCUGCUGAACAUUAAAGCUACAGAUGCUGAUGAUCCAGGCACAGGCAGCUCCAAGGUGGAAUACCACAUCACUUCAGGAGAUCCAGACAAACUUUUCUCCAUAGAGGUUGAUGACGCCACUGGAGAGGGCAGAGUCUACAUUGCACAGCCUUUGGAUUAUGAGGUUCAGUCUACCUAUCAGCUUCAGAUUGAUGCUCGUAAUCCUGAGCCGCUGAUUGAGGGGGUUCAGUACAAUGAAAGCUCCAGUGCAGUCGUGGUCAUUCAGCUGGUGGACGUGGAUGAGCCUCCUGUGUUUAGUGUGGACAUCCUAAACGUCAACGUCCCAGAAAAUGUGACAGUGGGGACCGUCCUCUUGACAGCUGAAGCCAAGGAUCCAGAGGAGAAAAAGAUUAAGUUUAGGCUGGAGGACGAUGAGCACGGCUGGCUGGAGGUGGAUCCUGACUCUGGAGAGCUGAAGACUAAAGCAGAGAUGGAUAGGGAAGUGGUUGAACAGCUUAAAGUCCGUAUCAUCGCCUACGAGACAGAGGAUCAGAAGCAGGAGGUUGAGAAGGAAGUGUCCAUCCAGCUGUUGGAUGUGAACGAUAACUUCCCUAAGCUGCAGAAGACUCAGGGAUUCAUGUGUGUGAAACAGCUGACCCCGCUGGUGCUGACCGCUGUGGACGGUGAUGCGGAGCCCAACGGAGAGCCCUUCACUUUCUCUUUGAAUAUGGUCCGCAAAUCACCUAACUGGGAGAUCACUCCAGUGGACGGAACAUCAGCUAAACUGAUUCUGAAGAAGAGACCCACCACUGACCAGACCUACAACAUUCCCAUUAACAUCAAGGACAACGCAGGCAUGGGUGUUACUCAUAAGUUUGAAGUGCGAGUAUGUAACUGUACUGAGUUGGGCUACUGUUACAUGGAACCAGGGACUCACGCCUGGAUGAUGGGUGUAUCCGGCACAGUCGGCAUUCUAGGAGGAGUAUUGGGAUUUAUCUUGCUGCUCCUGAUCAUCGUCAUUUACCGCAUCAAGAAGAAUGACAAGAAGAAGGACAAAAACAUGGCUGACGGGGAAACCACCGUCAUGCUCUAGAUGCCGUGUCCAGUUGCGCCCUCGGUCGUCACAUGCGCACAUGGUGGUUCGUUCAGUUCAGCCUCUGUUUCAAUUUACUUUCUCUCUGAAAUUCACAAAGAGACUGUACUGUCUGACCUCAGAGGGAGGAAGGAAGGGAGGGGUGUAUUUUAAAAUUGGCUGGUAAUACAGUGUAGCUGUGCACAUAAGAGGUUCUCCUUGUAACUUAUUAUAUGUGAGUACGGUCAUGUUCUGUUUUGGACUAUACAAACUGUCCUAACACAAACUCCUCAACAGUCUCACUAUUAUAUUUCCCAGGUCAAAAAACUUCCUGUAUCCUGGAUCUAUCAAAUAAAUUAAGAGUCUUAUGACAAAAGAUGCCCAGUUUUACAUAAUUCUUCCAAACAUAAACCUAUAUCUAUGUACGUCAGCCCAGACCAUGGUACAAAGUCUUUAUCCAAUAGCUAAUAAUAAACAUUGAACCCUUUUGUCCCUUUUGGUUCUUUAGAAAAACACUUUUUUAAAUAAGUGAGAAAACCUUUUAGUUAGUGAUGCGACAGUUCUUUAAACCUUUAAAAUGUCUUUUAAAAUAAUUUCUUCUACAACAUUGCUCCCAGCAGCUCAAAUCUGAUUCAUUGGCAUAAUAGAUUUGAAAAGGACGGACUUUUUUAUUGUGAACAAUACCAACAAGGCCAAAUCUUGCUUUUUCAAUUUGAUUUGAUCUUUGUUUUAUGUGGCAUGAAAUCUGAUUCAGAUUGUGAACAGAGUGUGAACAAAAAAACUUUUAUGCCACCUUUUUAAGUAUAUGCUACCUAUAAUCUCAACCUAAUUAUACUUUUAUACAUUAUGACUUAUAGGGCCCUAUGAUUUCUGCAGUGCAGAGAACAUGGACAGAAUAGCCAAAUUAAAAUUAAAAUGAAUUUCAAAUACAAUGACAAAACAUUUUACAAAUAACUUAUAUAUAUAUAUAUAAAACAUCUUAAUUAGAUAAGAUGUUAAUGCCCUCUAAAUAUUUAGGCAGCUCGUAUAAUCUUUGACCCAUAACAGCAGCUCAACCAUUUUUACUGUACCUGACUCUCUGCAUUUUUCUGACAGUUGAUCUUUACACUGUGCCAUAUUUUUGUGAUAAAUGGACCAAUAGAAAUUAGUGCUGCAUAUAUAUAUACAUACUAUAUAUAUACUAUAUGUGUAUAGUUUUGUCGUUGUCAUCACAAUGUUCACAUGCACAAUAAUAAUAUCACAGGAUGUGCAAUAUCAUGUAAGACAAAGCAUGCAUGUAAUUCCAUGACUUUCAUAAAAAGUUUUAUAUAACAUAUCUAUGAGAGUUAGAUUAUAUCUGCCUAAACACCUUUUUAUGUUCAUGACAUGUUCAUUGAUUUCUGAUAAAAUAUGGUAAAAACAAUCCUGUAUUAUUUAAUAUAGUACAAUAUACGGCAGAAACAGGAAAAUCAUCUUUUUACAUUGAUUUUUCAUUGAGAGAAUUAGUAAGUGAGAUACAGAGAGAUUUUUGUGUGAUGUGUGGUGUGACAGUACAGAAACAUUAUCUGAUUAUCUGAUAAUGAAGAGCUUGUGAGGUAGAAUAUAAAUGGAACAAUUGGGCUGGGCCCUGUGUGUAACCCCAAUUAUUAGGUGCAGGAUUAGUUUUUAUCUUAUCCUGUAUCAUCCCCCCAUUGCCUUUACUAAUUAACCCUUUUAGACCCUCUUGUUUAAGAGGGUGGAAUAAAUUAUGAAGGAGCUUAUUUAGCUAGCUGUUUUAUCAUUAACACUCCAUCUGCUCUCUGCCUGUAUUCUCCAGCUGAGGAGGCUGGUCUUCGCUAUUACCUGCUGCUACUGAAGAUGAUUAUGAUGAUGAUGAUGAUGAUGGUGAUUGUGUUGAUUUUGUGUGAGUGUGAUCAGUGCGGGUCUGUACUACUGCAUGCUCUGUUAGUGUAAUAAGUGCUUUACUGUAAUGCUAGGUAUAAUCUUAUAUUUAUUCUUAUAAUGUAAAAUCAGUAUAAAAGUGUUGAAAUCAUG